AUGGACAUGAGUGGCGUGGAGGCGGAGGGCAUGGCCGAGGAGGAGGCCUACUGGUGGCUGCAGACGACCGACUACCCGUGGGACAACACCUCGUGCGAUGCCCUCACGUGCGGCAACGCGUCGGCCCUCGCGAACGCCUCGCAGCGCGUGUCGGCGCCGCAGCUGCACGCCAUAGACCGCAUCCAGUUCUGGGUGACGCCGGCGCUGGUGGCGUUCGGGUGCCUGGGCAACGUGGUGAGCGUGUGGGUGUUCCACUCGACCAAGCUGCGCACGCUGAGCUCGUCGUGCUACCUGGCCGCCCUCGCCGCCUCCGACACGGCCUUCCUGCUCACGCUGUUCCUGGUGUGGCUGUCCAUGGUGGGCUACGACCUGCUCAACCAGCCCGGCUGGUGCCAGGCCAUCAACUACGCCAUCUACGUCAGCACCUUCCUCAGCGUGUGGCUCGUCGUCGCCUUCACCGUCGAGAGGUUCAUCGCCGUGUGCUACCCGCUGCUGCGGGCGGCGGUGUGCACGGUGCGCCGCGCCCGCCUCGUCAUCCUGCUGCUGACGCUGGCCGCCCUGCUGCUCUACUCGUACCUGCUGGUGGCGGCGGCGCCCGGCGUGCACACCGUGGCGCGCCGCACCAUCUGCAAGCUGCGCGACGAGUACGUGGCGCUGGCCACCGCCAUGAAUUACGUGGACACGGUGCUCACGCUGCUGCUGCCCGUCGCCACCGUGGUCACGCUCAACGUGCGCAUCGCGCGCUGCGUGUGGCACGUCGAGCGCCUCAGGCACUCCAUGACGCUGGCGCACGCCCCACACACGCCCGCCGCCAGCCUGUGCCCCGGCGGGCGGGGCAGCCAGCCGCCCAGGGUCAGGUCGCAGAACAAAGUCACCAAGAUGCUGCUCAUCAUCUCCACCGUGUUCAUCCUGCUGAACCUGCCCUCGUACGUCAUGCGCGCCUACAUCUUCUUCUGGCGUAACUCUUUCGGCUUCGAACACGUCCCAAACACGUCCCUAACACGCCUCAUGGGAGUCAUCGUGGAGAGGAUAUAUGCUCGACAAUCGUUCAGAUCAGAUCCACCAUCCAUCACCUCCACAGGGCCUUCUUUCUCCACUCACCAGCACUCCUAA